AUGGCAACAUCCGAUAGAACACCUUAUCAAAUACUUGAUGUUUCUGAAGAUAUCGACUAUGUUACACUACGAAAAGCUUAUCGUAAAAAAAUUCAUAAACAUCUACAAAAGAAAAUAUCAGCCGUUAAUUUUCGUCGUAUUUGCCGUGCAUAUGAAACAUUAUCUGAUUUCGAUAAACGUAAUCUUUAUGAUUCUCAAAAACAAUGGAUUUUCGAUCUACCAAUCGAUAAAUAUACUUCACAACAGUUAGCCGCUGAACCAGAUCUAAUACGUGAUCUAAAACAACGAUUACGAAAUGCUAAUUUAACAGAACUUAAUGCUCAAGAUCCUGUAACAGGUCAUACAACACUUUAUACUGCAGCUCGUGCUGGUAAUGUUGAAGCAGUAAAAUUUUUAACUGAACAAGGUGCUGAACCUGAUUUAUCACAACGUAUAAAAAGUACUUCAUUACAUGUUGCUGCUUUUUAUGGACAUGCUGAUGUUGUUUGUUGUCUUUUGGAAAGUGGUGCGGAUUAUCGAAUAAUAAAUUCAUGUAAUAAUACAGCUGAAGAAGAAGCAUAUAAUGAUGAUGUAGAAAAAGUAUUUAAUGAACUUAAAGAAAUUCCUUAUAUUCGAGUAGCUGCCAAUGAACUUGAUUGGUUUUAUAAAAAUGGAUUAACACAACAUCAAGAUACAGAAUAUUUUGCUCAACGUCAAACAUUAUUACAUUGUGCUAGUAAGAAAGGUUAUUGUGAUCUUGUACAUUGGCUUGUAGAACAACAUCAAGCUAAUUUUGAUCUUGUUGAUUUCAAUGGAAAUACUGCUUUACAUCUUGCUGCUUACGGUGGUCAUACAACUAUUGUUGAUUAUCUUCUUAAUUGUGGUUGUGAUUCAACUAUUAAAAAUCGAUGGGGUACAACAGCUGAAGAAGAAGGUAUUAAACAUGGUAAAAAAAUUACUGAUCUUUUCAAACAUAUACGUCAACGUGAUAUGUUUGAAAUGGCACGAACAGGUAUAGAUUGGUGGUUUUAUUAUUAUUUCAAUGAUAAUUCAAAAGAUAUAUUCGAUUCUAAUGGUAUAAGUUUAUUAUAUUAUGCAUGUCGUUAUGGACAAUAUUCAGUUGCAAAAUGGUUAUUAGAACAUGGUGCUAAUGUAAAUAUACAAAUGAAAACUAAACCAAAAAGUACUUCAUUACAUGGAGCAAAAUAUCGUGGUCAUGUUUUAAUUGUUGAACUUCUACUUGAAUAUGGUGCAGAUGUUAAUAUUAAAAAUGAUUUUGGAGUAAAUGUCUUUGAAGAAGAUAUAUCAAAAGAAAUUGAUGAAUAUACAUCAAAUAAAAUUAAAGAAAUCUUAUUACAAUAUCAACGUAAUUUAACAAGUGAUAAAUUAAUUGAUAUACAUGUAUAUGAAGAUGAUAGUCAAGAAGAAGAACCUAUUGUAAAAAUUAAACUUGGACUUAGAUCAAAUUAUACAGAUCUAUUAACAACAUUAUCUAACAUUUCAGACAAUCAAUAUCGUUAUUUUUCUAUUGCUCGACGUAUACUUUUCUUUAAAGAAGAAGAUACAACUAUUAUAUCAGCUGUUGGUUGUGCACGAUAUGUUUCUUCAAAAUUUAUUGAUACACCAAUUCGUUUGAUUUGUCAUAAAACAUUACCAAAUGGAUAUAAAAAUAAUCAAUCAACUCAUCAAGUAUCUAUAUUAAGUCUUCGAGAAUUUAGUAAAAUGUUUGAUUCUCAAUGUAAUAAACCAAAAUUAUUUUCAUUAAAAGCUCCUUUAACAACAAAACAAAAUAUUCAAAUUGAUAAUUUAAUAUUUAGCUUUUUUGAAGAUUCUGUAAAUAAUAAUAUUGAAUUUCAAGUAGCUACACUUUCUACACCUGAUCCAGAAAUAUUUCAUAUACCUGGAUGUAUUUGUCUCUUUAAAAUUACACUUAAUCAAUCUACUUCGACACUUCUUGAACUACCCAUAGUAUCAAUGGUUAAUGAACCAGAAGUUCGUUUAUAUACUCUAGCAACACCUUCAUCUUAUUGGUUUAGUUCUAACACUCGUCGAACUCGUCUACCUAUGAUUAGUGGUUUUCAUGCAUUUGUUCGUCAUAUUACUAUCAUUCCAAAUCAACUUACUUUACCAGCAGAUAUGUUUAUUGCAGCUGCUCUUGGACAACCAUUAACAUUACGAAAUAAUCCUGUGUCUUGUAAAUGUUUAGUUCUUCGAAAACAUAAUUCUAGUAUGUUUCCACACAUAGCUUAUCAUGGAACGAAUAUUAAUGUCAUUCGAUCUAUUCUUCACGAUGGACUAGUCAUACCAGGUACAGUAACAUCCAGUGGAAAACGUAUUAAUCCACCAAAACAUCAUUUUGCACGUGAAAAAAAAUAUUUUGGUAUUUCUGAUUUUGCUGCCGGUGUUUUUCUAAGUCCAAGUGUGUAUUAUAGUUCAGAUCCAACAUAUGCAGUAUCAUUCUCUCAUGACGAUCAACAAUUGAUACCUGUAUUAGAAUGCAGUAUCAAAAGUAAUAGCUAUACAGUUUAUCCUGGUACUGUAGGAGCUUAUACAAAACAUCCAGGCGAUGAUAUGAAUGCUCUUGAAUGGCGAGUUACUGAUCCAAUAAAUGUUGAAAUUAAUACAAUAUUAUUCAUAACAAAGAUUGAAUCAAUUGCUGCAUCUAAAGUGGCACGAAUUACUAGAACAAGUUGA